AUGACUUCAUACACAUCCGAGUUAGAGUCAAGCAACUCGAAGCCAUUCUUUACUCGAGAAGCAUUGCAAGAGGCAGAAGAUGAGCUUGAGAAAGAUGGAGAGUUCUUCCUCUUGCCACUGCGAGAUAGAGAUCAUGCAGAGAAACACAAGAACAACAACCGAGGUGUUGGUCUGCACGAUCCGGGCCCUGGUGAGGAAUUGAGGGUCAAUAGCAUAACACUCACCAGAAAUAUGGCACCUUUGCGCAAGGCCAGUUGCAACAGGAAGCACCGUUGCUUUCAAAUAGCUUCUUUGACGCUUGGGGGACCCCGGCUCUCUCUUGCCGACCUUAACGCGUAUAUGGGUGAAGCCAUGUCCAGAAUGCGUCUGCCUGAUGCUGAUUUCGAGAUGCAUGUGAGACCGUUCAUCGACAAGAACGCCGCAGUGUUCAGGCUUGUUGACAAAGUCGUCUGUCUCGGACUGGGCCGUCUCGAGGGUCGCCUUGGAACGACAUCAUACCCGAAUGGACCCAUGCUGCAGCAUUCAUUGGUGCACAUGAUUGCCAAGCGAAUUGAAGAGAUCAGGAAGUUGACCGGAACCGGGCAGCCAGAAGUCACUCUGUAUGCCCAAGAGCCGUUAUACACCAGAUUCGACAAAGAUGUCUUGACCAUGGGAAGUUUCAACAUAGUUCGAGGCUUCGGCGUGAAAGGCUUUCUGCUCGUCGACGACAAGACGAUGGUGAUCAGCCAAUGGCCUAAUUUUCCCCUGCGAGAAGCCGUCCUUGAUCUUUCGCGACCUUUGGUCAUGUGGGUCCAGAAGAAAACGUCGUCGACUAUAGGGGACCCGUGCGAUUUGCACACACGCAAGAUCAUGGAUGAAGAAUACGACGAGGAACGGGUGGAGGGAAUCUCUGGUAGUGUAUUCCCGCAGAACUAUUGGUACACCAGAAAACUUCGCGCAACCGCACCUGAUCCGCCCAUCUUGAACGACUACAAGGCCUUUUUGUAGAAUUCUGGAGGUCAUUAUUAUGAUUUUCCCACUUAAAAUCCAAUUGGGAGAAAAUGUAGAUAGAUGCCAAGGUAAGUAAGUAUUCUAUGAAGUUUCUGUCGAAUCACAACUGACAUGACCGACUGAUGCGUACUCGCUAGAACAUGGCCAUACAAGUGAAAUACAACGCUGCGUCAGACGCUUUUCACAUCCACUGCAGGAUUAAUAAAUGGACCGGAUUAUCUCGGUCUAUUGGUAGCUGUUACUAUUUGCCCGGACGCAAUAUUGUGUGGACCCUCGCAUUUUCAUGUUCGCCUAAUCAAUGUUGAGAAUGGGCCCUAUGCAUUACCACUACAAGGCCUAGUCAGCGUGCCCCUCAUGAGAGGAACUGCCGGUCGCGACGUGGUCAUUUGGCUCUGUGGUUGGACGGUACGAAUUUCUAUUGAGGAGAAACAGCUUGAGUCAGCUGACAUAGAUCCAGGACUUGAGUAUUGCAAUUCCCCAUUUAUAACCA